AUGGCCAGUGGAGCUAUUCGUUUACAUGUACCAGGCAGUAUAAAAUUAAUAAAACCUAACAAUAAGACAAACCAUGCUGAAGCGGCAAUUGCUUUAUUUGUAAGUGUCCAUUGCUCUAUUUUAUCCUCUGACCAUUUAGGAGAGUUAUGUAAGUUGCAAUUUUCUGGAGCACAUGCAGAUAAUAUUCAUCUCCAUUGCACAAAGUGCACUGCAAUAAUCAAUAAUGUUCUUUGCCCAUACUUUGAGUUGAAAUUAAAAGACGAUAUUGGGAAUAACAAAUAUAGUAUUCUUGUUGACGAAUCAACUGACAUAUCAGUUACAAAGUUUCUGGGAAUUGUCAUUAUAUAUUAUAGCACCUUAAAAAGCACCAUAGUAACAACUUUUUUAGGAUUGGAAGAACUUAUGGAAGGUAACGCUUUAGCUAUUGUUAAUGCUAUAAAGUCUUGUUUAAAAAAAUAUUCUUUAAACAUAAAGAAUAUGACAGGCCUAGGAACAGACAAUGCGAGUGUUAUGAUAGGAGUCAACAACGGAGUACACAAAUUACUGAAAGRUGAAAAUCCAUACAUUGUCCUUAUUAAAUGUGUAUGUCAUUCUUUACAAUUAGCUACAUCUCAUGCAGUUUCUGAAAAGUUACCUAGAAAUUUAGAUUUUUUAAUUUCUGAAACAUACAAUUGGUUCAGUACAUCAACUCUUAGACAGCAAGCAUAUAAAAAGUUAUUUACAACUUUAAAUGAUGGAUGUGAACCUUUAAAGAUUGUGCAAGCAUCAAACACUCGUUGGCUUUCCAUUGAAGUGGCAGUUUCUCGGGUAAUAGCCCAAUAG